GUUCAGUCACAGAGAAGACAUGGUCAGAUAAAACAGGCUUGGUAAAUGAGUUUCAGUUUUAUUCUGGGCUGCAUUCUGUCCAUAUCUCUUCAUAAAGUGCCCUAGAUGCCACUGACACAUACUUUUAAACUGACUACACGUCAUUAAGUCAUUUCUUCUUCUACGUGACAAAUAUUGCCAUUUAUGAAAAGGAAGAGAGCAAGUGCAGGGGAUAGCUCUGUGUUACCUGUUUUUACAUUUGAAAAGAAAAACUUUAUCUUGGACCUUGAAAAGGGAAAGGAAACUUUUGGGGUCAUUCAGUUUUGAGGGGAAAGACCUGCAACCAACUUUCAUUCCAGAGCUACAUGAUAUUUGCCUUUUCAUCCCAGAUCAACACUGCCUACUUGCCAGCUCCGCAGCAGCCAGGAUGGCAGAUUCACUGGAGAUGGAAAACUACACGACCGACUUAGACAGCUUGCUACUGACAACAGAAUUUGACUAUGGUGCUGCAACAGCAUGCAAGAAUACCGAGGAAAGGCACUUUGCAGGAAAAUUUUUGCCACCGCUUUACUCCUUGGUGGUGAUAUUCGGCCUCAUCGGCAACGUGCUUGUUGUCCUUAUCCUGGUAAAAUACAAGCGACUGAAGAGCAUGACCGACAUCUACCUGCUCAAUUUGGCAAUUUCUGAUUUGCUGUUUAUAUUUUCCCUCCCUUUUUGGGCUUAUUAUGCCGCCCAGGAGUGGAUUUUUGGAGACGCACUCUGUAGAAUUCUCUCAGGCGUCUACCUCCUUGGCUUCUACAGUGGGAUCUUUUUCAUAAUCCUGUUGACCAUAGACAGGUAUCUGGCCAUAGUGCAUGCAGUGUUUGCUUUAAAAGCCAGGACAGUUACCUAUGGCAUCCUCACCAGCACUGUCACGUGGGUUGUUGCUCUUUCAGUCUCUCUCCCAGGCUUCUUUUUUCACAAAAGCCAAAAGGAGAUUUCACGUUAUACAUGCAGUGCUCAUUAUCCAAUAGGUGACAACAUAAAUUGGAAAUACUUCUAUACUUUAACAAUGAACAUACUGGGACUUAUUGUCCCCAUGAUCAUUAUGAUUUUCAGUUACUCCCAAAUUCUAAAAACGUUAAUGAGAUGCAGGAAUGAGAAAAAACAGAAGGCAGUCAGACUUAUUUUUGUGAUUAUGAUUUUUUACUUCAUCUUCUGGGCACCAUUUAAUAUUACUUCUUUUUUGUAUACCUUUCAACCUUCAUUUUCCCUCAAUACUUGUGAAAUCAGUGGUCAACUGGGGAAAGCCAUCCAAGUGACAGAAACAAUUUCAAUGAUCCAUUGUUGUAUCAACCCUGUGAUCUAUGUAUUUGUCGGAGAAAAAUUUAGGAAAUAUCUUUAUGCCUUUUUCCGAAAGCAUGUUGCAUCCCACAUCUGCAAAAAAUGUCCAGCUCUUUAUCGUGAAAAAUUAGAAAGAGUUAGUUCCACAUUCACACCGUCUACCGCAGAGCAUGACAUCUCGACUGGACUGUAAAAAAUGCCUUGAAAUGUUAGGUAGUAAACUUUGCAUCACCCUCUUUGCCCUAAGGGCUGUAUGGUAUUAUUUAAGAUCUGUAUGGCAAUCACUACUAAAAACUGGAUGACCCCCUAUUAUUGUAGUUAACUGUUCCCUGGGAUUAGAGCAUUCUUCCUUUUUAAACUAAGAGAAUCGAUGAGUUCUCCAGGAAAAAUGCCAUAGUUGAAUCACUUCAAAUUUUGAAUGGGAACCAGAAUAGUAUGAUUCUGGUGCUUGACCCACAUUUUAUCCAGUGAAUAAAUACUAGUGAGAUUUACGUAGAGGGAAUAUAAUAUUGAAGAGACUAAGGAGUGAUGUGUCACGGCACAAGAGCCAUUAACAGUUAUGCAAACAAUGUAAGAUAAACACUUGGAGGAAAUUUUGGGGACUCAUGCGCUUGUUCAGUUUUCAGUAUUAAUGAGAAACCUAAAAUCCUGAUGGCUUUUGGAAGUGACAGUGUUCGUUCUGUAACACAGUUAGCUAUUUGCAAGCAUUUAGUUCUCUUCAUUUUGCCCCUUUUCCCCUUAUUUUCCCUGCAUGAAUAAAAGAUGUUUCCAUUAAAAUGAGGUUGAGGAUAAAUAUGAGAUAUACGAAUAUCUCUCCUCUGUCGACAGAGAUGACUGACCUUCUUCUUGGGCCAUUUCACCCAAUGUUUUAUCUACUAUCUAAUAGUGUAGCUGUUUUUAAACAUAAUCUUUUUCUUUCGACUACAGGCUAAAUUACAGCAUUUUGAUUUAGCUCUGUAAUUUCAUGCCUGUCAUAUCAAUGUUCAGUUGCUAAUAUCUUCCAAAGUGGGCUUUUAAUGAGCAACACUAUGAUUUUUGUGGGUGCAAGGUUACAAGUAAAUGAACACACCAAGGCUACUGACUGCACAACAAGACAAAAUUGCACCCCAAAAACUCACAAGCUUUUUCCUGGCAAAUCAUAUCCCUCUGAGGAAAACAGCAUGUAGCCAAUAAAGGAAAAGAACAUCAGCAAAGCUCCACAAAGAAGCAGUGAAAAUUGCCUUGGUAUUUGCUAUGCAUGAUUCUGUAUAAAAAUGAAAAUUACAUCAGGACUCUCUGAAGGAUUUUGGAGACCAUGAACACAGUAUUGACUGGAGGCCUCUCUAGUCCUGGAUAGAUAAAUUGCAUGUGCAAAGGGCAUGGCAGAUGCGAUGGCUGUAUCAGGCUAGGCUUCCGCAUGAUACGAACAUGCUCAGAGCAUAUAAGUCUGAGGUUUGAGAUAGGCUGCCAGGCAGACAGUAGCCUUGAACUCGGAAAAGCAACUAACUGCAGAACAGACAUAUUCCCUUCCACCUUCCCAGAACAGUUUCCAUCACCCACUGGUGCCACAAUCAAAAAUGAAUCCUAUUGAAGACUUAGGGCCAUUAGUAGCAGCACGAGCUGGAGUGUCCUGCACUCCAGCAGGCCCCUGGAGGUGGCCACUGAAGGCAUGGUCUGAAGCCUCGCUUACCAGAGGACUAAAGGAGCGUGCAAUGAGGAAAACAGAGGCUGGGAUAACAGUGUCCCUUAGAAAAGAUUGUUAAGGUUCACAUGGUUUAAACUGUUUCGUUCAGCUAGAAUCUCACCAUUCAGAACUGUCUCUCCUCUGUUCUACAAGUGUCUGAUGGACAUAAAUUUAUGCCUUUAUCAGGAAUUUCCCUGUAAAAGAAAGCACUAUUCUGGGGACAUGAUGUUAGCAAAGAGGAGACGUGCUUGGGGGAGAAGUCCUUGCUUUAAACUGUAAGGAAGUGCAGGCAAGCGCUCCUUAUGCAAGUGUGCUGUCCCUCUGCUUUUUUCCCAUUACCUUCACUUUCUUACCAUUGCCUUCAAAGGGCACCACUCAGAUAUGUAAGGCCUCGCUCUUAGAGAAAUCUGCAGGGGCAGGGCAACUAACCUGCAUGCAAUUUAAGGAUGGAAGAGAGGAUUAGGCAUGCAGCUUACACGCCUACAUUAGCAGCAAAUCUCUUCAGUGUCCUUCAGCAGUCAGUUGAGAGAAAGAAAUGUCUGUGUCAGAAGCAGAAACCUGAUUUAAAUGGACUCUCAGGAAGAUUACCUCUCUGACCAUGGAAGGAAUGUAGAAAAAACAGCCUCUUAAUUUAGGCAUCACAUGCCUCAGUUUGGGUUGUGUAAAUACUAUUCUCCUUUUAGCUUUCCAAAUUCAAGGCACUGCUCAUAUAAGUUGCUAUCUAUUAUCCUAUCAGAUAUGACAUUCUGGCAACUCCCCUAUGAGGUUAAUAGCUGAAGAACUACCAAUGGAAAGAUAGUAUCCUCGCAGUAAACUUUCUUGCUUGGAAAUGACCUUUUCCUUUCUUUUGUACUUUUUUUUUUGCACUAAAGGGAAAGCACUUUUUAAUAUUAAAGCAUAAAUUAGCUCAGUGUGAUACAAAUACUGCUGUAACUGUGGUUAUUUCUAUUGCUGUAUUUUAUUUUGAACUCUUGACUCUUUUAAUGUUAAUGCAGUGAUAUUAAUAAAAUCAGUGUCUGAAAUAUAAUGUA